CGAUUUUACCAGCUGAAUGAACUGGAAGAGUGGAGAGCGCAAGCUUUUCAUAAUUCUAAACUUUACAAAGAACGGGCCAAACUCUACCAUGAUCAACACAUCAAGGCUCGUGAUUUCAAUGCUGGAGAUAAAGUGCUGUUAUUCAACUCCCGGUUGAAGCUCUUUCCAGGAAAGCUUAAGUCAAGAUGGUCCGGACCGUUCAAGGUCAUAAAAGCUUACCCCUACGGAACCGUUGAGAUUGAAGAUGCUAAUGGGGGUCCCUUUAAAGUCAACGGCCACCAACUUAAACUCUACCAUGGCGGCCCGAUUGAAAAAAGCAAGGAGAUUCUCUAUCUCCAAAAAUUUUGAACCAAAGGAGGACAUUCGUCAAGCUAGUGACGUUAAAGAAGCGCUCAUUGGGAGGCAACCCAACCAAAAAAAAAAAAAAAAAAAAAAAAAAAAAAAAAACUAACCCAAAAAUAUUUUACUUUGUUUAUUUCUUGCAGAUGUCUGGAGGAAGACGUGACGAUCCCAUUUUCGAGGAGCCACCACUAGGACGGGAAGACCCGCCGCCACAGCCUGAUAUCCCCUUUGCUACUAUUGCUGAUCGCAGACGCUUCCAGGCAUGGGGGCAAUACCGCACACUCCUUCCUCCCAUGAUCCUGGACCCGACGAUGCUAGAGGAAUGGGGGUACUGGGAUGACAUUGAUGCCCUGCUAGGAGACUCUUUAUGGCGGAGGAUUCUAUUCGUUCAGGAGAGGGCCAGCCUUCCAUUGACGAUGGAGUUUCUGUGCUCCGUUCAGUUCACUCAUUACGGACAGGCUGUGCAGGAGGGUGCUGUUAUUGGGUCAGAGUCUCGGAUGAGGUUCACUAUUCUAGGCAUGGAGCACUCCAUCACUGUGGCUGAGCUCGGAUGGAGGAUGGGGCUCUAUACCCCAGCAUAACACAGACUGAGGAGUUCCGUGCUCUUCCGACCCGCUUACCCGAGGCAUUUGACAUUGAUGAGUUCUGGCACAGACACCAGAUCAUUUCUCCGGAUGCACCCCCAUUCGAACAAAUGGAGGGAGACUCACUGGUACAUACUCUCGUUCGUACUUUCUUGUGGUUUUUUUGGACGACCUAACAACACAAACAGGUUGUCCAAAAAGGACAUACUAUUCUUUUGGAGUUUGAUUCACCGCAUCCCGGUGAAUAUGGCUGUCCUUAUGGCUCAUUUCUUCCGGAGCCAAGGGAAGACUGUGCGGCGCACUAUCCAGGCAGGGCCUUUCAUCACUACUCUCGUUAGAUCAUUCUACCCAGACCUAGACAUUCCAGGACUAGUGCACUUACAGGAUAGCAUCCGCGUUCUUCGAUCCUCAUCCUUUACCAACAUGAGGAUCAAGAAGAAGCGGAACACUCAGGAGCUCCCAGGUAUUGAGCAGCCGACCCAGCAGAGUAGUUCUUCUCGACCCUCAGGACAUGAGGGAUCUAGCGAGCCCUUUUCAUACAUGCCUAGCGCCGCAGAUUGGAGAGCGAUGAUGGAUGGGAUGAGGAGUCUACAGACCUCAGUCUCAGAGAUGCGGGUUGCACAGGACAGAGGAUUCCAGGAGAUGCGAGAUGCGCAUGAGACGGCCCUGGGAGAGUUCAGAGACUUUCGAUUAGCUCAGGAGAGAGCCACCUGGGAUAUGCAGGCGGAGCUAGAGACCCAGAGGCUAGAUAUUGAUGAGAUGAGAGAUUGGCUUAGGCCACACUAUGGCCCCCAGGAUGGCGCAG